AUGGCGACCAAGCGCGCCUGCCCCGAGGCCGCGACCGUGCUGAGCCUUCCGCACGUGCUGGCCUCGAUCGCCCAGUGCCUCCAGUCGCCAUCCGCUGCUCUCGCCUUCCUCUCUGCGCUGCCAUUGACGUCGCUGGACACAGCACUGGCAGCGACCAAGGAGCUACUGACGCGACCUGGUCCGUUCAUCCACACGUGGCCGCACCUCGGCCUCGACGACAUCCAUGGCGACCGCGCAGCGCUCGCUCUCGAGGCGCUGCCGGCUCUAUUAUUUUUGCAGGAGCCAGAGACCGAGCGCACGGAUCGGUCGAUGUCCGAGACCGACACCGUGAUCUUGGCCGACGUUGUCGCGUCGUGGCCGCUCAAGGUGACGUACUUCGACACGCAGUGGUCGCACGCCCGGGACGCACGCUAUCCACGUACCAUCGACAGCGACGUCGUAGGCGCUUUGCUGCGUCGCUGCACGCGCCUCCGGUCCGUCACUUUGUCGGCGCGCAAGGAUGUGGCCAAAUUGUUGGCGGCCAUGACAACGCCAGCCCAUCGAGUGGAGAAGCUGUGUCUUGAGUACGAGGGCGACGAGACGCUCGACUGGACGUCGCUGCUGCGGCCUUGGCUCGCGACUGGCCACGCGCGUCAUCUCUCGUUCAACAACGCCGGCACCACCGAUAUCAAGGGGCUCGCACUUGCGCUCGCGACCGCUUCGUCGCUGACAGGGCUUGGGAUCGACAACAAUAACGCGCUCGUUCGCGCUAUCGUGGCGCUGCAAAUGCCGCUGCAUCAGCUCCGAGAGGUGCAUCUCCGGACGCAUGGGCCCAAGAGCUUGCGUGCGUUCGUGCAACUAUGUGAUUUGACCAAGCUCACGUCGUUGGCACUGGCAUGCAAUGGCUAUUUUGCCAACGUGAUGUCCUUGGUGUCGCGCAUGCCAGCGCUUCGCCACCUCUCGCUAUCGGAGUGCACCCUGCGUGACGAUGCGGGCGGUGCGUCGCACUGGCCGCACCUUAAAAGCAUCGAGCUGUUCGAAGUCAAUUUUGAACGCGAUGCAUGCAAGGCCAUACUGGCGUAUCUCGCGCGCGUGCAAGGCCUCCAGAAGAUCACGUUGCACUCCUGCCACGAUCUGUGCCGGGGCUUUGUCGGCCGCCGCCGCAACUUGCUUCGCUUGAUCAACAACGGUCUCACGCUCGCCAGCUUUGAGAGUACAUGGAUCGACGACUCGGAUGCUACCCACCUGGUGCGUGUGCUGCGCCAAAUCCGCAACCCGUUGCCACUCACUCUCGACCUCACGGUCGACGACUUUACGAUGGCCGGGAUUCGCUCGCUCGUGGACGUCCUCACUACAUGCACGGCUGUCUGCAUCAAGAUCGACAUCCCCCCGGACACCUACGAGGAAGAAUUCGAGCCCUUCUUGGCCACCCACGGCAUGGCGAGCGUCUUGGAGGGUGCGUGCUCCUAUGCGCUGUAUAGUCCGCCGAGGAUGUUGACGUAA